AGAUGCUCGAGCAUUUCCUCAGGGUGCGGUUGUUUAAAUUACGGAAUUGAUUUGAAAUUCAAAUCGUUGCGAAAUCAAAUAAAGACUUGCAGUGAAUACAGGAAGCAGAAAGUGACAACGUAUUGAGUGAAAAUAAAAAGGACUAAAUAAUAUAAAAUAAUUGUACGUAAAUAUAUAUUUAUUUAAUUCAAAAUGCCACCAAAUUUAAGCACCGAACAGUCAACAACGGGCAUUCUUGAACCGCAAGAAGCUGACACCAUAGAUGGAGGUAUGGUCAAAGAUAUCGAGCAACUGAAACAUGCCAAAGAUCGGAAAUUGCAAAUUGUAUGGCGCAACGUGAUAAUCUUUACCUAUGCCGGCAUUGCGGCACUAUAUGGACUCUAUUUGCUGUGCACAGCAAAACCGAAAUGGCAAAGCUAUGUAUUUACCUUGGCCACGAUCUACAUGGGUGGUUUUGGAAUUACAGUUGGUGCCCAUCGUUUGUGGGCACAUCGUUCGUAUAAGGCUAAACUACCAAUGCGUAUACUGCUGAUGAUCUUCAAUACAAUGUCAUUCCAAAAUCCCAUAUUUGUAUGGGCUCGUGAUCAUCGUGUACAUCAUAAAUUUUCCGAAACUGAUGCCGAUCCUCACAAUGCUAUGCGUGGCUUCUUUUUCUCACAUAUGGGUUGGUUGAUGGUCAGAAAACAUCCCGAUGUACUAACAAAAGGAAAAACUGUUGAUGUGUCGGAUUUGAAAGCUGACCCUGUUGUUAUGUUUCAAUUGAAAUACUAUGGCGUCUUAAUGUACAUUUUAACAUUCAUUUUCCCAACGGUGGUACCAAUUUGGUGCUGGGGUGAAUCCAUGACCAAUGCAUGGCAUGUUUGCACCGCUUUUCGCUGGUGGUUUAUCUUGAAUGGUACCUGGUGUAUAAACAGUGUUUGCCAUUUGUUUGGUAAUAAGCCAUAUGACAAGAGCUACAAUCCUGGUGAAAAUCUUGGCAUAUCAGGCCUAACUAUUGGCGAAUGUUUCCACAACUAUCAUCAUGUCUUCCCAUGGGAUUACAAGGCAGCCGAAUUGGGCGGUUCUCGUCACAAUCUCAGUGCAGCAUUUAUUGAGUUGUGUGCCAAGAUUGGUUGGGCUUAUGAUAUGAAAACCGUAUCGCCCGAUAUUAUUAAACGUCGAGUGCUGCGAACUGGUGAUGGGACACAUCCAGUAUGGGGCUGGGGUGAUAAGGAUCAGACCAAAGAAGAAAUUCAAAGUGCGGUUGUUAUAAAAAAUAAUAAAAAAGUAAAGAAAUAAGUGCAAAGAUUAUUAUAUAGAUUAUUAUAAGGGAUAUUGUUUUAAAUAUUUUUAUAUAAAUACGUAUAUAGGUAGAUAGCAUUGUUAUUGUAAAUAAACCAUAUUGUUAAAUAAAUACAAAAUUUAUAGAAGCUAUAAA